GACAUGUUGAUGUUUUCCAUAAAUUUAUCUCAGCCUAUGUAUUGGACUUGAUCUGAGCUGCCCUAGUUUGUGUAGCUUGGUGACAUGAGUUGUGCACGCUAUACAUUUAUGGGGUGUUCCUCUUUGAAAACAAAAAAAAUGAAGAAAGGAGUUGCUGCGCUGCUACUCUUCCUUGCUUGUGCAGCCCUAUGCUUGGCUGCUUCUGAUGCUACUGCUGCAGAGCCUCCGAAGCUAUCUGGGCACGCUAAGGUGCACAAGUGCAUUGCUGCUUUCCACACUGCAAGGGGGACUUGUCUGAAGGAGAUCUAUGCAUCUUAUUGGAAUCACAAACUCAAUAUUGGAGAAGAUUGCUGCAAGGCCAUUAAGGAAGCAGAUGAUGAUUGUGCCGAGACCAUUUUCAGUCACUUCAAGAACCCUACUUAUGUUCUUUUGUUGAAGGAGCAUUGCUCAAAGAAAUAAUGAUAGCACCAUCGAAAGGACAGGAAUGUUAGUCCUAGAUUAGCUAGGCUUCUUUUGGUUUUUUGGUCUUAGUGAAUUAAGCUAGUGUCGUUUUCUUUCUUCUUGCUAGUGAUUGUCAUUGGAGUAGAACAUCUGAAGCUGUACUUAGGUUAUUUUUCUCAGUAUUUGGGUAUGAACUUUUAUUAUAUAUGCUUUUGGGAUUUUGGUAUUAUUAGUUAAUUAAGAUUCUUCAUCUUCA